UUUUUAAAGUUUCUCUUGAAAAAGGGCAGUUUAUUCGAGAUUUUAGGUAUUUCCAGUAUCGUUAGUAUGUCAAAAUCCUUGGUGAAGAAAGCUUUAGCCUUAGUGGAAGAAGGCCUGUCUGAUUCUUUAAAGAAAAAGGAAACAUCUAAAGACAACAAGCGCAAAUCGGAGGAAUCCGAUAUCAUGCCACGGCAUCACAAAAUGGUGCGAUAUGUGGGCAAGAAGGGCCGCAAGGAGGCCAAAGAUGUGCUGCGACGGGCGGACGCUCUGACAGUCAUGGAAGUACGCAAACGGAUACAAAAUCGUAAGGAUAACACCGAGGACAACGUGCGAAAGCUGCUUCUGCUGAGUUCGGCCGAUAUAGGAGAGGAAGCUGGCGCCAAGUUGGUCAAACGAGCUCAGACCGGUCGGUACGUUGUCAAAGCGGACGAAUUCCGUGACAAAAAGGACACCAGCAAAAGUGUGUUCGAUGAGGAGGAUUUCGAGAAGUUUGAGCAGGAAUUGUUUUGCAGUGUGUUGAAUCAAUAAAGUACGUCUUU